AUGCGCUUGCGUAUCCAGCCAAAGGUGAAGUGUAAGCUCUACUGGUCGUCUGCCCUGAAAGCCCUAGAGAAGCUGGCCUGUACUACAUUCACCAUUGUCAUGUUCAUGGGUUUCUUGGGUUUCUGCAACUUGCUUUUCUAUGUGACGUCUUAUGCAAUAGAGGCAGGCAUUGUAGACUCCAACCUGGGAUUCUACCUACUCUCUAUACUAAAAGCCGCCUCAAACCUUGGCCGUAUUGUGCCAAACUUCCUCGCUGAAAAGCUUGGCCCUUUGAAUGUGCUCACGCCUGCCGCGCCUAUCACUACCGUCCUCGCAUUGAUCUGGAUCCGUUUUCACAUCGUGCCUGGCCUCAUCAUCUUUGCCGUCUUCUACAGCUUCGUCUUGGGUGGGGUUGUGUCUCUGCCGCCUAUGGUCAUGGCGAGUAUAACUCCGGACGUGCAAAACCUGGGCAUGGUUUUUGUGGUCACUUUCAUCGGCCCACUGAUCGCUACUCCAAUUGGUGGUGCAAUUCUAGCUGAUACAAACAAAGUCCUCGGGGCUCAGCUUCUCACCGCUUGCUGUCUCAUUGUCUCUGCGGUUCUUGUGACCUGUGUCAGAUUCCUGCGCCUCGAUCCCAAUUUCCAUGUCAGAGCUUUAGCCUUGGCUGUUAGCUGCUGA